CAUUGUGGUCUGUGUGUGUUGAAGCUGCUGCACCGGAAUCUGAAGAAUUUUAGGUGUCCGCCAAGUCUGCUAUUCAUCGUCGGCUCGUCUUGCCUGUACCUCUAUCUGAACUCAACUUUCUGCGGACAAUAUACAAGGGCUACAAGGAGAAAAAUGUCUCAGGCUGACAAAAUGAAGCAGGGACAGUUCAACAACCCUGAGACUCCAGGGUAUGUCGGAUUUGCCAACCUGCCAAAUCAGGUGCAUCGCAAGUCGGUAAAGAAAGGAUUUGAGUUUACGUUGAUGGUGGUAGGUGAAUCUGGACUCGGGAAAUCGACCCUGAUCAACAGCCUCUUCCUCACUGACCUUUACCCUGAAAGAGUCAUCCCAGGAGCAGCAGAAAAGAUCGAAAGGACGGUUCAGAUCGAGGCGUCAACGGUAGAAAUCGAGGAGCGAGGAGUGAAGCUGCGUCUCACUGUGGUGGACACACCGGGAUACGGAGACGCAAUCAACAGCCAAGACUGUUUCAGCACCAUCAUCAGCUACAUUGAUGAUCAGUUUGAGCGUUACCUCCAUGACGAGAGCGGGCUCAACCGUAGACACAUUGUGGACAACAGAGUCCACUGCUGCUUUUAUUUCAUCUCUCCGCUCGGCCAUGGCCUGAAACCCCUGGAUGUUCAGUUCAUGAAGGCCAUUCACAAUAAGGUCAACGUGGUUCCUGUCAUCGCCAAGGCAGACACACUCACCCUCAAAGAGAGGGAGAGGCUCAAGCGCAGGAUUCUGGAUGAGAUUGAUGAGCAUGGAAUCAAGAUUUACCACCUUCCUGAUGCUGAGUCGGAUGAGGAUGAGGACUUCAAAGAGCAGACCAGAAUCCUCAAGGCUAGCAUCCCAUUUGCAGUGGUGGGAUCCAACCAGCAGAUUGAAGCCAAGGGGAAGAAGGUGAGGGGCCGCCUGUACCCCUGGGGAGUCGUUGAGGUGGAGAAUCCAGAACACAACGAUUUCCUCAAGCUGCGAAUCAUGCUGAUAACCCACAUGCAGGAUCUACAGGAAGUGACCCAGGACCUUCACUACGAGAACUUCCGCUCGGACCGCCUCAAGCGGGGUGGCAGGUUGUCCUCCCAUGGUUACGUUCUGCCUCUGUCUCCUGCCAGGAAUGGGCCGGAGCCGGAGGAAAUGGACAAAGACAUGAUCCUGCAGGAGAAGGAGGCUGAGUUGAGACGGAUGCAGGAGAUGAUCGCCAAGAUGCAGGCCCAGAUGCAGAAGCAGGGAGACGGAGAAGGAGACGGCCUACAUGUGUGAAAAAAAAACCCAACAAAGGUUUUGGAGCCACUGCCAGAGUUUGACUCUAGAAGGACGACUGAUACAAGAGGAGGGGAAAAAUCCUUCUGGUUAUCGACUCAUACGGCUUGCCACUAUUUUUUUUAUUUCCAAUCCAUUAUUGGAUCUGGAUUCCUUUUCUUUCAAGAGAACAUACAGUAAAGUAUAUUCAAACAGUGUUAUGUUUAUAUAUUCACACAGUUCUUUUUUUUUUUUUAACUUUUGCCAGUUACUUAAAUGAAGUCACAAGAACCAUUUCUACAAAAAUGGUUACAUAUAUUUACAUAAACAACACAGUCAUUGGGAUGUCCUGUUAUUUUUUUCAGUUUUCUUACUUGUUUUGUUCUUGUUAUUUUGUUAUUGAGGAAACCAAAGUUUUUUUUCUGCUUGUAUUAAGUGCUUUUAGUUCUAAAACAUCUCAGGCGCUCACCUUUUAUUGGGAGAGUCGACAGAAUUAGCUUUUCAUGCCAUUGUGAUGCCAUAACCUCAAUAUUCUUUCUCUCUAUUUUGUAUUCGCUCUUUAAAGAAGUGAGCAGGAAAGCUACCCAUUAAGAUUUACUCAAUGUUAAUUCUAUGACCCUCCUCUUCUGCAUGAGCCCUCGACUCUGUCUGGUAAAACUUGAGGUGAACUUUCCCUAUCGUGUUGAUUUGGGAUCAGCGUCUCCCUCUCAUGUCCAAAUCGAAUCCAUUAUUGCAUUUCUCCAUCGGUGUCUUUGCAUACAAUGGAAUUCAAGUGUUGUGAAGCUCCUCUUGAGAUGGACAUGUUUUAAAAUGAACUGUGACCCCGGACCUCUUACAGUUUUCCCCAUACACGUCAAAUGAAGGACGGACAGAUGAGGUGUCGCCCCUCUGUUUGGUGAUUUCAGUUAUCUCCAUGUAACUUCUCCAACUCUGUCAAGUGAAGUCAUGUGCCAGGGAGCAUUUACUGUUUUUAUAUUUUAAUUGAUGCAGCCAGUACAAACCGCUGAGCACUUUGUGGUUUCCAUGACUACAGAGAUUACAGGUGACCCAAUGAAGUCAGUGUAGCCAACGUUUCCCUCACCAGCCAAGGUGUGAGUUCUUGACAUUCCUCUUUGUGCUGUUUAUACCCAAUAUUAAUAAAGAGCAGAAUAUUGUUUUUGAUGCAUAUAUUGUAAUAAAAGUUUUAUUAAACUUA